AUGUCACUAUCUCGUAACAAUAAAAAUAUUAUAAAACAAAUUGAAACUUCAACUGAUUCAACAUGUUUGCAUGUAGCAUGUUAUUAUGGACAUCGAGAUAUGAUAGAGAUUCUAUUAGACUAUGAUGCUUUACGUUCUAUAAGAAAUUUAAGGUAUAACUUUACAUCUUAUGAAGAGACUCAUGCUGAUAAUAUAAAAGAACUAUUUAGACGUCGAUUUCGUCGAGUUAUCAAUUUGUACAAAACCUAUGACAAUCAUACUUUAGUAUCAAAACUAAUUGCUGAAUUUAUUCAUUACUAUUUAAAUGAAUAUCUGUUGAAUCUUAGUAAUGCCACUGGUAAUCCGGAAGAUCGAGUUACUCCUGAACAAAUUAAAACUCUUGAAGCAUAUUUUAAAGGAGUCGUAGAAGAAAAACAUUUUCUGACAUAUUUUAUUAAAGCAUAUACAUUAACAAAUGGUUUUCACAAAGUAUUAAAUAAACAUUUGGCUUUGUAUAUCCUAGAUUAUUUCGAUGAAUCGAAAAUUUUUCUCUCAACAUAUCGUCUUGUGAAUUGUCUUGCUCAUAUUGUUACACUUUUAAUUUAUCAUUCAAAUUUGUUUCAAUAUGAAUAUCGAGGUUUAUGUUAUCGUGGUAUGCGAGUAACACAAUAUGAUUUAAAUCAAUACAAAUUAAAUCAACAUAUGGCAACAAUCGAAAUGAGAUAUACUCUCAACGGUAAUUGUACAUUACAAUAUUCAUGUCUUUGUCAAUAUUCAAUAACACAACACGCAACAGCUAUUGACAUUCAAACAUUAUCCAUGACACCGGAUGAAAAAGAAAUUUUAAUUCUUCCAUUUACGGUUUUUAAAGUAGUAGCAAUUAAGCGAAAUGAUCUCUAUAAUCCCACAGCACUAAUUUCAAUUGAAAUCGAAUUAGAAGAAUGUAAAGAUCCUAAUGACAAUCUUAACCAAUUAAAAAAUAUGAAAAAAACUAAACAACGAUCAGAAUCAACCAUGAUAUAUUCAACACCACCAUCAACAACACCAAACUCACGCUCACCAUUACCAAGUAUCACACGAACAACAUCCACAUCAACACCCACACUAACAACAAUUACAGUAGCAACCACCACAUCACCGACAACAUCAACAACUACGUCACCAGUAACAACAGCAUCAAUCGAAUAUUCAUUUGAUAGCGAUCAAAUAGCAUAG